AUGGAGACCCGGGUGACUGGGAGGACUCCAGUGAGGCCAGUGCUGGCCAGACCCUACCCUACUCUAGUAGAGCGUGGGGUGGCAGUCCUUACCGGCUGCUGUUCGGAUAUCUCCUCCAUGGUACGAGAGGCUCAAAACAAAGCCGUCCAGAUGAUGGAGCAGGCUGUCCAGCGUGUGGGUCAGCUAGCCGUUCUAAAAGGGAGCAAGCUGUGUUUUCUGGAAAACGGCAACAGGAUUUCCAGUGCCCAGGCGUUCACAGCUGCCCUCCAGGAUGGCGUAGCCGCAGGGAUGAGGAGUCUCUUGGACUCUGGGCUGGAGAAAGCACAGGCCCUCAAGCGAGACCUCUCCAGGCAGAGUGCACAUGAGGAGGUCACCAAGAGGAUGAAGGCUAGCGCCCUGGCACUGGUCAGCUCUCUUGCAGACAUCUUUGCUGAAUGGAGACUAAAAAGCUUCAGAACUCAAGUACAAGAAGGUUCUAGACAACAAGGUUCCAAGAUGCUAACUCUUGCAUCAGAAUUCCUGAAGUUAAAAUACUGCUUGGAGAAAACCAUUGAGAUGAUUACAUCCGCACUUAGAGGGUGCCCCAGUGACCUGCAUUGUCUCAGAAGCUGUACUGAAACCAUCUGCAGCCUGGUGCACAAGCUUCACAGUGACUUCCUCGGGCCUGCUGCUUCUGCUGGCCACGGUGGGAAUAAACCCCCUGAUCAUGGGGAACUAGAGUCUCUAGCUAGGUCGCUCCUCGUCUGUUUUGAACGAGAAGAAAGACCUGGUUUGUUGAAACCCCAGGAAUCUUGUCAUCAGAAUAGCAAGGAAGAGCAGUGUGAGUCCAGCGGGGCUGACUACAGUGGAGGCGUGCCAACACGUGCUUGUGAACUAUACGGAGACACAGCCCCAGCAGUGUCCUCACAGGCCUGCACCCUGAAUAGGAUCCAGUGGGUGUGAAACCAUUGCACAGGCACUUGGUGACCGCCCAUGACCAAAAAGAACACUUGGUGACGACGCUCUUCCUCACACAGGAGGACAUAAAAGGAAAUGUGUGUAAAUGUUUAGAGUCCGUGUCUACGCAGAGCCUCAUGUCGGGUGUGGAUAUUACAAACACAUGGAGUCCUGGUU